GAGACCUUCGGAGGCUUUGACUCUCAGCAGAUACACAUCUCUAAGAAUGGGGACAAAGAAGAGGGAGAGGACAGAGCAGACCUUCGCAGGACAGAGUCAGACGGUGUACUGAAGAAGGGGGAGAAUGCGACCAUGAUGCUGUUACUGAAGAGGAACACUGAGCAGGUCCUCCACAGUGUGAGCCACAUCCAUGACCUGCUCAGCACCCUGCAGGCAGUGGUAGUCCAGCAGGACAGCUUCAUUGAGGAUCAGCGCCAGGCUCUCACCAACCGCCCCGAACGCCUCACCUCCUUCUUCUCCUCCCGUCCGUCCUCCCGCCACAACUCCCUGAUCGAGCAGGAGAAACAGCGCAGCCUGGAGAAACAGAGGCAGGAGACGGCCGCGCUGCAGCGCCAGCAGGCCACACACGACCAGGAGAAGAGGAGGAGGGAGAGGGAGUGGAGGGGUCUUCCGAGGACAGCCAGCCAUGUAGCUCAGGGCUCACAGCGUAGGAAUGAAAGCAGUGUAGAUACAGGAUUCGAUGGAGAGUGGAGGCCGGUUCUAAAGUCUUAG